AUGAUGGGAUCUGUAGAAGAGAAAGUAGACAUUGAAUCGGAUGAGGAGAUGCCGUUUAGUGGGUCCCAGAUAACGAAUAAAAUGCAACCAUUAAAUUUCGAAUCAUCUAACAUCUUGUUGAAUCGAAGAUUUUCAGCGUCUUGGGUAUUAAGAAAGGUGCACCGUAACAGUAUAUUGAGAAGUAUAUACAUUGUACUGAUUAAAGCCAAGAUUAAUGUUUUGCUGCCGUUCGGGCCGCUUGCGAUUAUGCUACACUAUCUCACCGAUCUACAUGGAUGGGUUUUUUUCUUCAGCCUACUCGGCAUUACUCCACUGGCCGAGCGGCUGGGUUAUGCUACCGAGCAACUAGCGUGUUAUACAGGCCCGACUGUUGGUGGCCUUCUUAAUGCGACAUUUGGCAAUGCCACUGAGAUGAUAAUUUCAAUGUACGCAUUGAAAAACGGAAUGAUUAGAGUUGUUAAGCAGUCUUUGCUAGGUUCCAUCUUGUCUAACAUGCUUUUAGUGCUUGGAUGCGCGUUUUUCUGUGGCGGGAUUGUUCAUCAUCACAAAGUACAGAUUUUCAAUAAGGCCACUGCCCUUGUGAAUUCAGGAUUGCUGUUAAUGGCUGUUAUGGGAUUAUUGUUUCCAGCUGUUCUGCACUUCACUCAUACAGAGAUUCACAAGGGCAAAUCAGAGAUUGCGCUCUCGCGAGUUAGCAGUUGCAUAAUGUUGAUAGCUUAUGCUAGCUACCUUUUCUUUCAGCUCAAGAGCCAAAAGCUGUAUAGUUCUCUUGACGAGUCAAAUGAGAAUAAUGAUGAAGGUUCGGAUGAAGAUGAAGUGCCCGAGAUUACACAUUGGGAAGCAGUUGCUUGGCUUUCAAUCUUGACUUUGUGGAUAUCCAUUCUAUCUGGAUAUCUUGUUGAUGCAAUUCAGGGCGCCUCGGAUUCAAUGAACAUGCCCGUUGCUUUUAUAAGUGUUAUCUUGCUCCCGAUUGUGGGUAAUGCCGCAGAACAUGCCAGUGCUAUCAUGUUUGCUAUGAAGGAUAAGCUUGAUAUUUCACUUGGAGUUGCAAUUGGAUCAUCUACCCAGAUAUCAAUGUUCGUGAUCCCAUUUUGUGUAAUUGUUGGCUGGUUCAUGGGAAAGCCUAUGGAUUUGAACUUUCAACUAUUUGAGACUGCUACACUAUUCAUCACAGUAUUAGUCGUGGCAUUUAUGCUUCAGGAAGGUCAAUCGAAUUAUUUUAAAGGUUUAAUGCUCAUUUUGUGUUAUCUAAUUGUCGCUGCUAGUUUCUUCGUGCACGUUGAUCCAUCAAAUGGCAAGUUAGCUGGAAAAAUGCGAUUGUUCACUUUUUCGACCAAAAAUAAAUAA